UCGUCUUCUUCCGGAAUCCGGACGACGGGGCGGUACGCGCAAGACCCUACAAGAACCUCUCACUGAUCGACGUGCUCCAGAGUGCCAAAUUGCCAAGAUUGGAAAAUAGAAGAUACAGAGAUACAAACAGAGAUUGCCCGAUAAAACAGGUCCGCCGAGCCAUCAGCCAUGUCGUCCACCUCGGUGAGCGGCGGCGGCGGCCGGAAGAGGUCGCGAUCGGCCUCCGCCAUCAUCGCCGACACGGCCUGCGGGCACCACAUCCUCAGGAUUGACGGCUAUUCCCGCACCAAGGUGGUUCCAACCGGAGCGUACCUCAAGUCCCGACCUUUUACCAUCGGCGGUCACCGCUGGCACAUCGACUAUCACCCCAACGGCCACGACCCCGACACCAAAGACUACAUCUCCCUCUUCCUCGUCCUCGAGGAGCCCGCCUCCGGCUCAACAGCGAAGGGGGUGAAGGCUCAGCAGCGUUUUCGUUUCGUCGGUGAGGUGCCGGAAGAGGAGGAGCUGCCGGCGGUGUUGUUAGCGGCGGAGGAGGUGAGCAACUAUGGGAGCCACCGUGGAUGGGGGGAUGCGAGGUUCGUCAGGAGGGAGGAUUUUGAGAAGUCAGAGCACCUAAAGAACGAUUCUUUCGCCGUCCGGUGUGACAUCGUCGUCGCAAUCAACGAGUUCCGCGGCGAGGACGAGACGGCCGCCUUCGUGUCCGUGCCUCCGCCCGACCUACACCGACACCUCGGCGAACUCCUGCAGACCGGGCAGGGCGCCGAUGUGGUGUUUGAGGCCGGCGGUGAGACAUUCCCCGCGCAUAGGUGCGUGCUCGCGGCUCGGUCGCCGGUCUUCGCUGCAGAGUUCUUUGGCGCGAUGGAGGAGAGUAAAAGCGGCAGUGCGGUCCACAUUCACGACAUGGAGGCUCGGGUCUUCAAGGCUUUGCUUCAUUUCACAUAUACUGACUUGUUUUGGAAAACGAAUGAAGUUGAAGAGGAAGAGGAAGACGAUGUCAUGGCUCAGCACCUGCUUGUUGCAGCAGACAGGUAUAACUUGCCAAGAUUGAAGCUCAUAUGUGAAGAUAAAUUAUGCAAGUACAUUAAUGUGGGAACGGUGGCAACCAUAUUGGCACUAGCCGAGCAGCACCAUUGCCAUGGAUUGAAGAAGGCAUGCUUUCGUUUCCUUAGCUCCCCGGAGAAUUUGAAGGUAGCCGUGGCAAGUGAAAGCUUCGAUCAUUUGAGCAAGAAUUGCCCCUCUGUUAUGAAGGAGUUGGUUGCCAUGCUCGGCACCUUACUUGAGUAAGGCUGGGUUUUGUGUGUUCUUGUGUUGGUGUGUGCUAAUGUGAUGUGAUGAAUCAAAUGCUCCUUAUUUUGUCUGGGUUUCUGCUACCUGGUUUCUGUAUGUGUUGUUUGAUACGGAUGAAUCCAGGUAUUCAAAUCAAGAAAACUCUGUUCAGUUUG